AUGACGACCGUCGCUGUUUCUCCCGCGCCAGCCGGUCGCGAAUAUGUUCUUGCGUCGAAGGGACGCGUAUUUCCACACCAUGGCUUUACGUCAAGAUCCAUCAUUCGUAAGCGUUUUGCGGAAAAUACCACACCGCUGAUGCUGAGUUACGGCUUUGUGCUGCCGACGAUGGUCGACAUUCACAUGAAGCUGGACGAGUGUGUGGUGGAGGGGGUCGAUAUGCCUCUUUCGAAAGUUUUGGGGAUCGUGGCAGAGUCUGGAAAGGAAACUUUUCUCUCCUUCUCCGACAGACUUGCGCGUGUGGCGGUGCAGACUGGAUUAGCAUGCGCCCUAAUUUACUCCAACACGGCGUAUGGUAACACUGUGGUGUUUCUAUGGGAGGUGCACCCAAAGAUGCAUCAGCAUUACUUGGCAGAGUUGGUGAAGUUUCUCCGUCUUCCACCGUUUUUAUCCAAACUUAUUGGUCCGUGUCCGUCGCCGUCGGAGCUGAGUAUGUACACUGCACCAAUUUCCCCACUUGCAGCUGCUGAGGAUUGCAUAAAGCGAAGCACACUGCAUCUGCUGAGCGAUGUGGUCGUGGAUGCUGCUGAGUGUUAUGUGGGGCGAAAAGGUGCAUGGAGCAUCAGCGACACCCCAAAUGGGUUUGUGGCAAGGUCCGCCAUGCGCCUGGUGGUGGGGGUAUCGCAAGUUUGUGGAACAGCUUUGGGAGGCGCGACCGCCGGAGCACGUGGCGAGUACUGGGGCGAGAUUGCAGGUCUCCUUUUGGCGCCUGUGGUGUUUGCGCAGGUUCUUGCUGCUGUGCGCACAGCUCGCCGGCGCCGCUUGGGUGGUGGGAGGCCGUCCGAGCGUACACGCAGCGGCAGCGCUAGUGGGAGGAGUAAAGAGGCUGGGUCGUCGCGAGGGAGCGGACAUCGGAGCGUGCCGCAGAAGACGGUGUAG